UUGUGGCACGUGUGGCAGAUAAAUUUGGCACUUGCGCAUGAUGGCGGCCACCAUCGUCUUUGCAUGGGGCUCUGGCUCGGACGGACAGCUCGGCCUUGGCGACAGCGCGGACCACGCCGAGCCGCGGCCGCUCGAUCUCGGCGCCUUGCAGAGCCCGGUGGCGCUGACCACGGGCGGCUGCCAUAGCGCGGCUGUGGAUGCCACUGGCGCGCUAUACAUGUGGGGCAGCAACGCCCAUGCCCAGCUGCAUCUUGACGUUCCGACAGCGCAAGCUCCUGUGAAGAUCGCGAUCGAGCCGCGCGUCGCGCUUGUGCGCUGCGGCUGGUCACAUACCGUCGCCGUUGCCACGCACGCCGAUGGUCUCUCGACGGUCUACAGCUGGGGUAGCAACCAGCACGACCAGCUCGGUCAGACAACGACGUCGGACAAAGCGGGCCUCGUGCAAAACCCACUGCGCUUUCUCGCGCCUGUGCUGGCCGUUGUCAGUGUAGCCAGCGGGUGGAAGCACUCGCUCCUUGCGACGAGCGAUGGCCGAGUGUUUACCUGGGGCUAUGGUCGGUCGGGCGAGCUUGGACUGGGGCCUAAGACGCUUCGUGCACCGACACCUACAUUGGUGCCCAUCGACGGAGCCGUCGCCGCCGUCUACUGCGGGUGGCAGCACUCAGUGUUCCACUUGACGUCCAAGGGUCUUGUCGUUGUUGGCAGCAACCGACACGGGCAGCUCGGGCUCGGCAACGAGAGUCGCAAGCAAGUCUUCGAACCCACGCCCAUACUCGAAGCAGCUUCCGCCGCGCUGUUUUGCUGUGAUCACGUCGCUGUCGGGUGGCAUCACGUUCUGGGUGUUCACGAUGGCGCCGUGUAUUCCUGGGGCAAAGGCUCGUUCGGUCAGCUCGGCCAUGAUAGCGUCAAUGGAGAGCAUACACCGCGCCUCUUGGUCAUGGACGAGCGCAUCAACCACGUGGCGUGCGGCUCGGAGCAUUCGCUUCUUGUGACAGCAAGCGGCCGACUCUACUCGUGCGGCUGGGGCGAGCAUGGGAAUCUUGGUCAUGGCGACACGCAGAACGUGGCAAGGCCGACGCCCGUUGCGUACUUCGACAAGCAUCGCCUGCAUGUGCUCUCGGCUGUUGCAGCUGGUGCGACCUCGUUUGCUAUGGCGACAAGCCAACGCGCAUGAUAUGGAUAGCCUAUCUAUUGAGAGAUGCUAGAGAAUAGAGACGACGAAAUGACGGCUGCUAAAGAGCCUGAGUGCAGCUACUUGUUGGCAACGCUGUGGUCCAAGCACGUUGGUGUACUCGCCAAGGGACUCUGUGGUG